AUGGCUAAGAAUGAAUACGAAGGUGACUGGACAAUAUCUACUCCUGCUAAUCCUAUUGAAUUCAAGACUAUUGUAACGCCAGCUUUUGCGCCAUUCUCUGAUAAAAAUCUAACAUAUUGUUUCGAAGCAUGGUAUCAGGAAGUGCAACACAAUACGGUCUUGUAUUUAUUCAAAUUGAAACUCGUAAAACUCUCUAAUGAUAAUAUCGCACCAAUAUUAAAAGUGUCGGUUGACGUGAACUAUUCCAAUGGAACUAUUUUUAAGAAUUAUCCAACAAAGAUGGUUUUCAAUGAUGGAAGUAAUUACGUUACUUUUGAAGAUGUAACUCGAGCUCAGUUAAUAAAUGGCUAUGAAUCUGAACACUUUCUCAAAAUGAGAAGUAACACUUUAAUUAUAAAAUGCAAAAUGAAAAUUUUACAUCAAGAUCAAACAUUACAUAUCACGACAGGUGAUGAAAGGAAAUCAAGCAAAUGUGUUGAUUUUAUAAGAAAUCUGAAGUCAAUCUACGAACAUAGCGUAUUGAGUGAUUUUGUUUUCAAAGUAGGCGAUAAAUCCUUCCAUGUUCACAAAAACAUCCUUGCUGCUCAUUCUCCUGUUUUUAUGAAAAUGAUGACCGACGAUUUCAUGGAAUCCAAGACCAACAGCGUUACCAUUACGUAUGCAACACCUGAAGUCUUUGAAUUGUUUCUAAUAUCUUUGUAUACUGGCGAGCUUGAAAACAAGACAUGGGAUUCUCUGAAAGAACUUUAUUACUUAGUGGAUAAAUAUGAUGUUGAAUUCUUAAAGGUUGAGUGUAUUGAUGCAGUAAUUUCUCUCCUAUCUGUGGACUUAGUGUGUGAAAUACUCAAACUGGCCUACAGCUUCUCUAAUUCUGAUUUAAAAACUGCUGCGAUAAAUUUUGCGGUCAAUCACAUCAAAGAAAUUGUUCCUAGAGAAGAUUGGAAAGAACUCGUUAAAACUCAUCCAAUGAUUGGGUAUGAUGUAAUAGUAAAUUUCAUUCCUAAAUAA